ACCAGGCUGGGAUUAAAGGAAUGUUCCACCUUGCCCAACUCCCAGUCACUUUUUAAAGCGAUGGGCCCUACAUCCCAACCCCCACCACUAAGAAUCUGAUUUCUGCAUGAGUUUGGGAGGGACAAGCCAUACUGGAACCAUAACAGCUUGGAACAUCGUUGGGCACCCAGACCACCGAGCUUGCCCUGACAUGUGUGCUAUUCUGGGCAGGCAGACAGACAGAGCUUGAGGCGUGCAGGGCGUGAGCGUGCAGAUGCGGCAAGCCAAGAAGAAAAGCGCAGCGCCCCUGACCGCAGCGCCCCCGGGCCGUGUCCAAGGCCGACUACGGAGCCUGCUGUCUCCCGCGCUGUGCUGCGCCUGUGGCUUGUGCGUGCUGCUGGCCGGCCUGAACGUGACCCUGGUGGGAGCUUUUGCAGCCUCCCUGCCUGGGCACAACGCGCCACUGGUGGUGGGGCCAGCGCUGCUCGCGCUGGCGCUGGGAUUCUUCGCUGCCUGCUGCGUGUGCAGCCGCCGGAGGCCGGUGUCCCGCGCUCGUUCCUCAGCCACCGAGGGCCAGGGUGGCGGGCGCGCAGGGACCGUGGCACUGGAAAUGGAGAGCAGCGAGCGCACAGCCCAAGACACAACCGCAGUGCAGCUCAGUCCUGCCGCCUCGGCCGCUUCCUCUGGCCACUCCAGCCCCGGGCCCGGUCUCUUUGCCCUGGAUCCUCCUGCGCCAGCAACCUCGGCCGGCUACUUGCCGCACACAGAAGGGACCCAGCUCAACUUCCCUAGGGACCUGGCUGCCUCCUAGUGGGCCAGGAGAAGUGGGCAGGGGUAAUGCCAAGGACUGAGCCUCAUCUGUCCCGUCUCUAGAACUUCCCAAAGGAAAAAGUGUAGUGAUGGCAUUGGCUCUCAAACCCCUAAGAAGGCAGCAGACCUUUGACCUCUUAGGUGGGGGGGUCUCUAAGCUCUACUUCAUUCUCCCUUCUCCUCUCCACGUUGAUCUGGAACCCUGUCCCUCCCCAUGGUGUUUGAGCACUAUGGAGGAAGCCUCGUCCAACUGAGAGGAUCUAGUCAGGCCCUCGGGGUGGAAAGAGGGGUGAAGGUUGAACUAGCUAUAGUUCAUUGUGCAUUGUGACAGGCAUCUAGCCCUUCCUUCUGCCCUUUAGGUUUCAUUGGGGAACAAAGGCUCUGACUCCAGGAUGGUCCCUGGGAAAAUCUCGAUGGCGCAUACCUACCCUAGGGUCAGGAGACAAACGGACAAAGGUCAGAGCUGAGGCUGGGGUCCUCAGUGGUGAGGAGGCUUUCCAAUCCUGAAAGGCCCAGAGUGAUUUUCACUGCCAGCAACACCGGUCCCCAGGACUGUGCAUUCUAGCUGUGCCUCACUCCUCAAUAAAGCACCUUCUGAGUCA